AAACAAGUCAAUUCAAAGAGCAAAACUGGGACACCUAUUCACUGUUCUUUUUGGUUGCUUCGAAGAGAAUUGCGGAGGUGAUGUUCGCCUUUAGAUCUAGGGUUUGGUGCCAUAGAUCGACGAUAGACGUUUCUUCCUGAGUAGGGCUUCCCAAGCUCGUUGUGCAUAAUCGAACUCUCUCCAAUUCCUCUUCCCUUUCUCAAGUUGCAAACGAAAUUCGCUUCGCACACUCUCAACCGCCACCAUGGCCGAGCAGACUGAGCGCGCCUUUUUGAAGCAACCGAAGGUUUUCCUCAGUACCAAGUCUGUACUGAAGGCAAAGGCACCCGGCAAGGCUGGAAGCCGAUUCUGGAAAAAUGUUGGUCUUGGCUUCAAAACUCCCCGCGAAGCAAUCGAAGGUACCUACAUUGACAAGAAGUGCCCAUUCACUGGAAAUGUCUCCAUCAGAGGUCGUAUUCUGAUGGGCACCGUGUACUGCACGAAGAUGACCCGCACUAUUACUGUGCGACGGGACUACCUACAUUUUGUCCCGAAGUACCAAAGGUACGAGAAGCGUCAUUCAAAUCUCUCUGCCCAUGUUUCUCCAUGCUUCCGUGUGAAGGAAGGAGACAAAGUUAUCGUUGGGCAGUGCAGACCAUUGUCAAAGACUGUCAGAUUCAACGUAUUGAAGGUGAUCCCGGCCGGUUCGUCCGACGGAGGUAGCAAGAAGGCUUUUGCCGCCAUCUGAGUAUGUAGGAUUUACAAGGCCUUCGAGGUCCAAUUUUUGAAAUAUAUUCUCAAAUUAAGUUCAUCACCACUUGUUGUAUCCUAGGAUCAAGUAAUUGCCUGCAAAGGCAGCUAGUACACGGCUCAAUUGUCAUUGUUUGUAUUCGACUGUUACAAGAGAUUGAUGGAAAGUUAGUCACACCUUUGUCACACUCGUUUCGAUGGCUAUAACUCGUUACUGGCACAUCUCAGUUCCAUAUGCUUUGACGAAUAGGCUCAGAGUUGUUUGUACCGGAAGGACAGUAUGAAAUCCGCUGGUCUAGGCGUCUAGGAUGCAAUGUAUCGGGGUUGCCCCGCUCCAGGUAGAUAUGGUGGGCCACCUGGCUCGGCAGAAACAAUCAGUUCAAUUUAAUACAAAACACCAAUUGAACACGUAUUGAGG